CACACAUAUGACUUUGCAGUAAGAAGAUAAGGGAUUUUUUUUUCUUUGACAAUCUGAAAUAGCUGGGUGGACGUCAUCAUAUCUAAACUGGGACGAAAUGAAUUAUCUAAUGGAAAAUAAAUAUCUGCCUGUCACUAGCCACUACAAUGAUGCUCAAAUAAUAAACACAUUUUAACUGGCGCGAUUAUUAAAAUGAUUAAUCGGGAAACAACACAAUCUGGGACUAAAUCGGUUUAUUUGUCCGACCUUUGACUCAUGCCAGACGAGCUUUGGGAACCUGCUUGUGACUCAUUCAGUAGCCUGGGUCGGUCCUGUGCCUCCGCCAGCAGGACUGCGGGGACCACUUCAUUCUCGAAACCACAGCUUGACCGCAUGGAGACCAAGUUCUGCGUCUGGCGCGCAGCUCGAUGUCCUGGACCGGAUCCUAAUAUAAUUCAGAGGAACAGACACUACCUCUACCUCUGUGGGGACAUAAAACAUGCAAAACCUAAGUCUGGGUGUCUCAGUCGGUGGCCACAAACUCAAACAGGGAACUCCCUCGACGUGUUCGGGCUGUUUUCUCCGCUGAGCGCACACUCCUCCAGCAUCCGUGAACAUGCCUUCGGGUCUGCCUGCCUCUAAAGCCGUCUACAUCGGGAUGGAGGUGGUGAUCGCUGUGUCCUCGGUCAUCGGUAACGUGAUGGUGGUCUGGGCUGUGCGUAUUAACCGGUCUCUGAGAGACACCACGUUUUGUUUCAUCGUCUCCCUGGCCUUGGCUGACAUUGCAGUCGGGGCUCUUGUCAUCCCUCUCGCCAUAACCAUCAGCAUCGGACUCCAGACGCACUUUUACAGUUGCUUGCUGGUCGCCUGCACAGUGCUCGUCCUGACUCAAAGUUCAAUCCUGGCGUUGCUGGCCAUCGCCAUCGACCGCUAUCUGAGAGUCAAAAUACCCAUGAGCUACAAGCGGUUGGUGACCCCUCGGCGAGCUGGCAUGGCCGUGUUAUUGUGUUGGCUGGUGUCCAUCAUAGUGGGCCUCAUGCCCAUGUUGGGCUGGAAUAACCUGCAGAGUCUUCGUGACAAUGGCUCCCUUAUCACUGAUGACCUCUUGGUGACCUGUGAGUUUGAGACAGUCAUCAGCAUGGACUACAUGGUCUACUUCAACUUCUUUGGUUGGGUGCUGCCCCCUCUGCUCCUCAUGCUGGCCAUCUAUGUCGAGAUUUUUUACAUGAUCCACAAACAGCUCAACAAGAAGGUCACAGCUAGCCACACAGACCCCAGCCGUUACUUUGGCAAGGAACUCAAGCUAGCCAAGUCACUUGCCCUUGUUCUCUUCCUCUUUGCUGUCAGUUGGCUUCCUCUUCACAUCCUAAACUGCAUCACUCUCUUUUGUCCCACCUGUGACAAGCCAGUGUUCCUCGUUUACAUUGCCAUCAUACUCACUCAUGGCAACUCAGCAGUCAAUCCCAUCGUUUAUGCCUUCCGCAUCAAGAAAUUUCGCACAGCGUUCCGGAAAAUCUGGAAACAGUAUGUGCUUUGUCAGGAUCCAGUCGGUCGGCUUCCUCAAAGAGGGAGCCAGAGAGGACAGAGUAAUGAGAGGAGGCUGAGGCAGAAUGAUGAUGACGAUGAUGACUUGUGACCUUUGGAAACUAAUUGGAUUGCUGUGUUACUGUUAAGUUUCACUCCACUGGUUCACAGAAUGGAAAAGACUGGCUUUAUUUUCACGCUCAAGGAUAAUUGUUCAAAGUGGCCUUAAUGGCAUCGAUGGAUUUCAGAGGGAUUAAAGAGAUGAGGGAACUCCAUCGUGGAAUGACUGACUUCCUCCAUCCAACACAAUGCAAGAGGAUAGGAUGACAAGUCAAUAUGGAGACAGGAUAAACAUCCUAAAUCAGACUUUGGUUAAGAAAACAAUGAUGAUGUCGUAUGGGAAAUGGGGCUUCUCAUCAGUUUCAACACCAACCUGUUGAUCUUGAAUCAGUAAGUGUUUAUCAGCAGCACAUAGUAGUGUACGCUAUAUUGUAUUUUUGACCUGAAAAUUCAUGGCCUUUUCAUGUGAAUGAUCUCAAAUAGUUGGUGGAUUGUAUUGUGUUCUACAUUUACAUGCUUAGUUCUGAGGCCUUAAGGACAGAUAGUGUCAGAGGAAGAGGAGCAAAGGCAUUGUGGUAUCAGUAUGAAUCUGAAACAAGUGGCGAUUAACAGGACAUUUGCCUAACCAGCUUGGAGCUUUGAGAUGAAAGAGGAAACAGAAUUCAUCUGCUGGUUGCCUCAAUUAAAAAUGUAAAAAUGACUCACUUGUAAUAGUGCUAAUGUGAUUUGACUCAUGGCCUUUUCAGAUGUGCUACACAGUCCGGAGCAUGUGAAAGUUUUUUGACACUUGUGAGACCAUUUGUCAGGAUGCCUGAUCCCAUUUAUUAGUUGUACCUGAAAACAACAUCCAUACUAAAAGGAAAAUUACUUGAUGCUACUCAUGAAAUAUUUAUGGUCAAAAAACAUGGAGCCAACUAGCAACUAUGUAACUAUAGCUACAUCAGUGAGGGCUGUGAAUCUAAAGAAUGUUGGAGCUCCUUCAUCAAACAAGCUUCAUUUGAUCUGGGUAAUCAUCAUUUUUAAACUAUAAUGUACCUCUGUAUAUGUUUCACCAGGCCCUUUCCACUACUUGCAGGUGUUUACCUUUUAACAUUCUUUUCUCUUGAUUGAUUGUAAAAAUAUAGGUUUACCAAUGUAGCAUCAUCACAUCCUCCCUGUCAUUUUUGUUGCAGGAUUGACAUAAUCAAGCAAUGUUGUCCUUAGAAAUGAGUGAGAUUUGACAUGAAAGAUACAUGUUGAGAUGGACCUGCUGACACUUAAAGUAUGUACUGUAUUUUACUAAUAUAUAUAUGUAAAUAUUAAUGGAAGCUGCUGUAUAAAUUUUACCUCACUGAGCAAACAGCUGUUUAUCGCUUACGCGUCCUCUUACAGCUGUAGACUGAGUGAGAUUGGGAAAUCCACCCUCCAAGCAUUAGAGAUUUUCUUAUGACAUAGGCCCAGUUAAAUGGAGGAAGGAAACCCAGCAAAAAGUGUGACAGCAUAUUGUAAGCCCUGAUUUAUAUUCAUAAUGCAUUAGCAGGAGAAAGCAUCAAAAUCCACACUCUCUUUCUUUCUAUGCUUCUCUGUAUCAAAGCUAAACCCAUCAGUGGUGGGAGGCCAUUUUUUUUUGUGUGUACAAAAAAAAUCAAUCCUCUGUCUCGGCAGAAUGCAGGCUCAUGUGGGAAUAAGUGAGCAGGUUAUGAAGGCGAUGUGGGGUGGGAGUGGCUGAAAGGAUUAUUCUCUUUAAGGUGAGAGUGCAGCUGAAGAACUCAUCAAGUGUUUACAUCUCUGUGGAGGUCAUAAUCCAAGCCACCCUGAUGCUUCUGGGUAACGACUCCUGUAAAUGUGACCCUGGUACUGUGUGUUACAGCGUAUAUAGUAUAUACACAUAUAUAACAUAUAACAUAACAUUUACAAUGCUGCUUUUGUAUUAAUGUUUCCAUGUGAUUCUUUUCUCAUUUUGUGCUCGUGAAAUGCUUUUAAAGCCACUGUGUGUAGAAUCUAAUAUUUUACAAGAUAGAAUGUAAAAAUAUUAUAGCAUAUUUCAAAUUAUGACAACAGCAUCAUGUUUUUUAAUUUAUUUUUUGUGUAUAGAAAAAUUGAAUCAGUCCAUCUAUUCUGUGUGUUCCUAUGUCGGGUUGGACCAAUACAUGCAUGGGUAUGUAAAUAUUAUAAUAUACAUUGUCUAACAAAGUGGGGAUUUUUUUUUCUGUUACGACUAUUCAGGGGCACCAAACACUGACACAUUUAAUUCUGCAUGUAGUGGCUUUAAGUUUUGAUCUGUUUACCUUUGUGAUAAGAUGAUUUGCUGUCCAUUAUUUGUGCAAUAUUCUUGGGUGUACAUUAACAAUAUUUAAAGGAAGUCUGUAGUUUAGAUAGUUUCCACAUGGACACUGCUGGAGGCUCCAAGCAGUAUGUACUAAUAUGGUGAGCUGCUUUGUUUUUAUUUUUUUUUGUCAAUCUUUAAUUGUUAAGGAAUUAGUAGGUCAACAGAUGGAGUCAGAACACGGAAAGCAGACUCUUAAUCCCAGCUGAAUGUGUACAUUGUAAGAAAGCAGUUGGUGGAAAAUACAAUUCAGUCAGUCACAAUCACAAUCAAAUACAAGUCAAAGAAAAUAAAGUAGCUUUCAUCGUGGAUACUGACUACAAAAAUUUAAUGGCUGGCGUUAUUAAGCAGAGUGGUAUUCAACAGCAGUUCUUUGGAGGGUUUGACAAAAAUAGUGCCAUUUCUCAAGAAGAGUAUAUUUUUGCUUUCUUCUUGUCAACAAGUCAAGUUUAUUUAUAUAACCUGAACUCAUAGUUUUUAUCCAAACAUAAGACAAAUAAACAGAUAAGCCAAUGUCCAGUAUUCAACACUUUUACAUCUGGCUUUAUAAAUUUGCAUCAGUCUACUUCCUUUUUGCUGUUUUUUGCUUUUUAUAAAACUGGUGUCUGACUUUCUUCAGUUUUUCAGUUCAGCUUGAGGAAAAAUGUGGAGUGAGACUGAAAAGACUUUUUUCCCAGUAGCCAUUUUAACUUGUCAGUCCCUGCUGUCUCUAAUAACACCAUUGAUUGCUGAGCUACUUUGCAUAUCUUACUGGAAUCAUGGAGUCAUUAUUAAAAUCAUUAUUUCCACCUGUGAUUUUCCAGCAAGUCAAAAUGUAUACUGUGAAAAAGGAACAAGAAUCUCAUUCAUUUGGUAACAAUAAAGACAUAAGAGGACUCUAACUGAAUGCUAGAUGUCUUUGAGGCCCGUUAAUCUCCAUCCAAGGAUUACUACACGGAUAUAGUAUGUAUAUAGCUUUUGCCAUAUAUUAAUGUAACGUUUCAACUUAUUUUAAAUGAAGCAAGUUGGCUAUGGUACUUUUAAUCGGAAAUUCAUGCUGAAAGGCUUGCACAGCUUGUGUUGGAAAUAUCCACCCUAGAAAUAAGACAGAAUGCAUUCUAGCUCCUUCUGGGGUCAAAGUUAAUACUCUUCUUCAGCCUGUAAAGCCUUUAGCUGUGAAGCUGCCUCCCAGCUGCCCAGCCAUGUUUCUUAGAGUGUGGAGUUGCUGCAGACUGCCCAACAGCAGCACAGAGGGCCAGGUGUUACUGUGCAAACAACUCAAAUUCAGGAGUGGUCGUGAAUGUCUGCUUGGACAUGUAUGCAGUGGCCAUAUAUUAUCUCAAAACAAAUACAUUCAUGACAAGCAAAUUUAUCUAACAUCAAAUUCAUUGUUCUGAGAAGAAAGUAUUGGGUAUGAGCGUGUUGUGUCAAGAGUCUGAGCAAGAAUUUCUCACAUAUUUAUGAGCACCCUUGACUUUCCACUUUCCUCACAGAGGUGAAAAUCUACAGUGAGAUGCCUUUACUUCCCUGUGUGAACUGCAGCCACAGAGCUGCAGGCUCUGUGAUCUCAGAGAAAAACAGGAAAAAAAAUGCAAAAUGCAAAAAAUGCUUGCAAAUGUCAUCUUAAAUUUGAUCUGGGCUAAUCCAGCUCUUCUUUUUGUUCCUUACAAUCACAGUCUGCCCUCUCCCUGUGUAUAGUGUAUGGCUGGUUUUAAAAACUAAGAGGGCAGCUGACUGUAGUUGCUCAGUGUUGCACUCUGCUGGCUACUGCACAACAACAGCACAUGAGGCACUGUGUCUGGAGAAAUUUAAAUCCUAAAUCAAGGAUACAUGUUAGAAAAAGACACAGAUUGAUGCAAAGAUUUCACAUGUAGAUUUUAUCUUUGAAGACACAAGAAUAAGUUCUGCUUUCAACUGACGCUGGUGUUCAUACCUGGAAAGGAGAUAUAUGAAGGUUUUAGGUUUUUUACAACAGCAUCAUGUCUUUGGCUACACGUGAAUAUACAGUAUGUACACUGUAAACAAACAACCUUUGUCAACAGAGACAGGCUUUUCUUGAACAGGAACACAAAACACAUUUGUUAGGCAUGACUUUUGCUCACAUCUCUUUACAUUUGCUGCCUUUCUUUUCUUCUGUUAAUUUAAUGUUUCCACUUUAGCCACCAUUCAUGAACAAUGUUAAUAUUCCUUUCAAUAAAGAGGCAGAUACUGGAGUCAAUACUUCUCCAAAAACAUUCAAUAAUGCAUGUCAGAGGAGUGUGGGAGCUGCAUAUGCAAAAAAUACUGGAUACACAAGGGUGGAGGGAAUAAAUUUGUUUCCUACGAGGGUCAGUGUUUGCUCAGUCACUCAGUGUCAGAGGUCGUUGUCAAGCUCUCUAACAGGUCCAAUCAAAAAGUUGAUUGGAACUGGAUAUUUCACAAGGCCAACUGAACUACAAGUGUUUGUAAUUUGUUUGCAGAAGUAUUCAACCCCAUGAUGGUUACCGUUGCCGUAUAUAAUCCUGCUCUUGAUGGACAGGUCACCCAGUGACUGCGCAGUGGAGCACAUAUUGACAGUGACAACCUGUUCUUCUCUAUAAACAUUGGUGAUCCUUUGGCGAUUCUCUGACCUUUGCACUGGCACCACCAGUAGGUUAAUAUUUUUGUUUUGAAUGAAAUGUCUCAAUAACUGCUGAAUGGAUUACCAUGA